AUGUGCAAUCCGGCGGCUCCCACGACAGACAAGGUGCAGCGGGAGGCAGAUGACCCGAAAGACGAAGCGGAUCAGGCGGACAUGCCAUUUUGGGUGGACUGCUCUCCAGACAACUCGCUCAUCCCAAUGCCUGUCCACGCACCGACGUUGCCGCAAGCAACCGACAGUGGGACCAGCAAUGGACAUGCACCUGCCGACCUAUCGACCGUGGAGGACCUGGCAUCUCAGCCGAGUUCUCAGCCGAGGGCCGAAGCGAACAGCAGCAUUCCAGAGUCCUCACGCCUCGCGUUCCAGGUUGUCCCCAGCACGCGGAUUGAAGUCCCUGAAGCUGGGCUUCCCAGUGAAGUGCAGCCAGAGGUGCUUCCCGAGGUAGCCGAGCCCCUCUUCGGCUCCCUGGAGCAAUUCUACAGAGAGAGCAAGGCCAGGCCGGAGGAGAUGAGGCGCCGGGAUGUCAAGGCGUCCUUCACGCUGAACCGCUACUAUGUCAACGAUGAGCCGAUCCACAGCAAGAGCACGGAGACGAAGCCUGGAAACCAGGGGAGGAAGGGCCUGAUGUCGGACGAUGGCUACCUCACAAAGGAGGGCGCGAAGCGCUUCUGCAUCGUCUGCUGCCGCAGCAGCCACCGGGCCUACGAGUGCCCCGAGACGAGGUGCUUCGUUUGCUGGUCGACCGGCCACAGUACAAAAACGUGUCCGAGCAAAGUGAAGUGUAAGUGGUGCAACCGGAAGGGUCACGAGGAGGAGGUCUGUCCAAUUCGACAGCUACGAGCUGCCGAGAAGAGAAGAGAAUGGACGGAGGUCCGAUGCCUCGUUUGUCGCGCGUCAGGCCACCUAGCGUGUGACGGUACCGGAAGGUGGUGGGGCGGCUCUCGCUGGGAGGAAGCCGAAGAAGUGUCCGACGGCGAGGGCGAUGAGGAUGGCGACGAACAGGUCGACCUUGCCUCAAGCAACGAGCCGGACAAUAGCAAGGCCUUGAAAAUGGCCAAGCUCCUGGGCCGGGCGCAUAAGGCCGAAAGCAGCCAGUCAACAGCGAAAAAGGGAGGCUGGGAUUACGAGGACAAUCAGAAAUGGGAUUACUCAUGGCAGAAAUGGGACAAGCAGCCUCGAUGGGGUGGAGGCAGCAACUGGCGCCAAAACGAUCGGGAAGCCGGGCGCCGCAACCACUGGGACAGCUCUCAGCGCGACAACAACGCCCGGUCUGCACUGCAGAAGAAGCUGGAGAGGCAAAGAGGUCGCAACGGCUCUGCAAGCGCUGCAGGCCGAGGACCAUACAGCAACCAGCGCACUUCCAAGAGCAAGGGUCAUCGCGAAACUGUUCCGGCCAUGCGGAUCCAGAAGAAGCCUUCCGCGCGGGCAGAGAAGCGUGCCCGACAAAGGCAAAGGCAGCGUCGAUGA